AUGAUUGUCGAGGUCGUGCCGCUGGUUGUGGUCGAUGUUGAGUUGGUUCCAUUCACUGCCAAUGUUGUCACAGUGAUUGAGCCUGUGGACAAUGUGGCCUCGCCUGUGGUCGAGGUAGUUGAGGAUGUCUCGCCAGUAGUCGAUGAUGUUGAUCCGACAGUUGACGACUCAUCAGCCGUUGUUGAUGUGCUCACGGUUGUACCAACAGAUGAUGUGGUGGAGGUGGUAGAUGAUCCAACAACAGCUGAGAUCACAUCACCAGAAGAUGUGGUGGACGUGGUUGUCGAGGUGGUCGAUGGGCCAGUGGUGGAUGAUGUGGAGGACUCGCCUGAGGUGGUCGAAGUGGUUGGGCUGACUGUGGACGUCUCACCAGUGGUGCUGCUUGAUGUUGGCCCAACAGUGGUGGUAGAGGUUGACGUGCCAGAUGAUGUGGUCGAAUCAGAGAUGGUGGAACCAGUCGACGAUGCUCCAGAUGUGGUGCUAGAGGAUGUGGUCGAGGUGCUCACUGUGGUGCCCGACAGUCCAGAGGUUGACGAGGACUCUCCAGAUGUUAUGGAUGUACUGGAUGUCGUUGGCUCAGCAGUUGUGGAUGAGGUCGUACCUGUUGUCACUAUUGUAUUGCUGUCAGAUGUGGUGGACGUAGUUGAGGUCUCGGCUGAGGUUGUGGUCGAAGUAGUCGAGGUGGUCGAGGUGGUUCCAACAGUUGACGACUCACCAGUGGUGGAUGUGGAUGACUCACCUGAUGAAGUAGUCGAGGUGGUCGAGGUGGUACCAACAGUUGACGACUCACCGGAUGAAGUGGUCGAAGUGGUCGAAGUGGUCGAGGCUGUUCCAACAGUUGACGACUCGCCAGUGGUGGAUGUUGUUGGCUGA